GUUUAAAGCAUUUGUUAUUAUUUUCUUUAUAUUAUCAUCAUUUUUUCAUCAAAAAAAAAAAUACAAUCCGUAUGUCACCGAUGCGUAUGCAUUUGUUUGGCAAUCAUAUUGCGCUGCUGUUACUUUUAAUCACAUUUUGUUUGGUGGGGCGUAGCCAAGCUAUACGCAACUAUUUGCCAAUGCCAUCACCCGAAGACUCGAGUGAACAGUCUGCCAAUACGAUACGUGACACCGCAUCUUUUGCCACAGACUACCAGCGCCAACCCCAAAACCAACAGGGUAAUAUAUACACCCUACGUGUUCAAACUGCUGCUUACAGACUAGUCAAAAGAAUUAAUACUAAAUCUGGAGAGUUUAAUGUUAGUAUUCCAGUUGGUUAAUAAGUAAAUAUAUAUAUAU